AUGCUCUCGCUCGUCUACGCUCGCCAGAAGGAGGUUGGAGGCAGGAGGUCACGCCCCAUCCAGAGCGCCGUCGUCGCCGGGUUUUUGGCCCCCGGGUCGUCGCCCGACGGGCUGAUGCCAAGGCCAAAUCAACAACAUGCCCGGCUGAUGCCAAGGCCAAACAACUGCCUGGCUGACGACUACCUCUACUGCCUACCCUACUACUACUCGACUGGCGGCGCUCGCGGCGCCACGCCACCCAUCCUCGGCCACGCGUUGCGCUGGGCUGCCGUGCUUUUAUGCUAUGCUCGGCCAUGCGGCGUGCCGGUGCUCUGCGGCGACGAUGAGGAUGCGCUCGCAGCCGAGGCAGACAGGUACCUCCGGGCGCGACGAUACGAGGCGGGCCACUUCGACGGCGUCAUCCGACACUACCGCGAGCUCCAGCGGCCGCUGCGCUCGUGGUCGUCCGCCUCGCGCAGCCUCUUUGAUCGAGUGGCGUCGCUCGCCGCGCUGCCGUCGGGCGCAGAGUUGCUUCCAGUGCACGUCCUCGACCUAGAGGCGCACGGCGAGAUUUCGCGGCACGUCGACCACGUCGAGUACUCGGGCGGGCCGCGACUGACCACCGCCCGGCGUCUCGCAAGCGAGAGCAUCGUCGGCCUGUCGCUGCUCUCGCACGCGGUGAUGCUGCUCCAGCACGAGGCCGACCCGGCCGCCGCCUUCGAGCUGCUCCUGCCCCGCCGCUCGCUCUACGUGCUGCGCGGCGAGGCGCGGUACCGCUGGGCGCACUCGCUGCCGCUGCAGCCGAGCUUUGAGGGGCAGAGCCUACCUCCAAAGUCGCGCCGCAUCUCUGUAAUACUGCGUGAUCGGCCGCCGAACGAGGUGCCGCGCGAGGUUUAA